AAAAAAGUAUAAUUGUCAAUGUCAGUUGCUGUCACAACAAGGAUAGUAUUUGGCAGUUUUUGCUUUAUAUUAAAAAUGAAACCAACUGUGGCUGCGGAUGAAAUGUUUCCUGAAGGAGUUGGACCCUAUAUGGAUUUGGAAGAGGCAGGGGGCCCUUCCAACCUUCUAAUGGACUUAGCUGCCAAUGAAAAAGCUGUGCAUGCUGAUUUUUUCAAUGAUUUUGAAGAUUUAUUUGAUGAUGAUGAUCUGAAAUAGUAUCUACAUGUAUAAAUUAGUGUGAUAAAUAUAAAUUUAUAAUAAUAAUUAAGCAACAAAAAAUUUGUUUUAUUUUCCUCUCAGACAUAUGACUUAAAUGGAGUUUUUAACUGUAUCAACCACUAUUUAGUAGAUAUCCUAUACAAAAAUUAAAAAUAUAGUUACUAUCA